AGGUCCGUCCCGAAAAAUGACAAAAUUUGCUUUGAAAUUUGAAUUUUUUAUCUAUCAACAUACUGCACUUCUCUAACCCUAGACAGUAGAGAUAACCUGACCAAUGUAAGUCGAAAAUAUUGAUAAGAUUUGAGCUCUUUUUUUGGCUUUUCUCAAAAAAAUGAAAUUUGGCCUUAUUUAGUAGAAUUUGUCCAUUUACACUUGAUAAUUUCCAUCUACUACGACCCUUCAAUUUGCACACAUGGCGACUUUGCACACAGUGGCCCAUUUAUUUGAUGGAAAUUGUGCAACCAAUUUUCAAAAAGUAACUUGUAAAAAUUGUGCAUAAAGUAUGUCUUGAAUACAGUACUCAAAAAUGCACUUUUAUUUAUCUCAUAAUGAACUUAUUUUCAGAGUUUGGGAUUUUACCUGAGAUCCUUCAGGCCAUUGAAGAAAUAGGCUGGCAGUAAGUUGUGAAUAAAUUGUUUUUUUAUGUAGCUAACAUUAUCCAAAACAUUGCACAAGAUGCAGGGGUAAGUUGGGGCGGUUGCUCAAAUUAGGGCUACGGUAAUCAGUGUCCAUUUUUUAAAAUAUUGAAAGGACAAGGUUUCGUUUGUUUUAAAAUGAUGGUGUCAUAGGAUCCUGGGUAAAGGUUUUGCACCAUUCCCCAUGAAAUAUCUUCACAGCCCUGGGUACACUGUCAGCUUAAAGUCCAGGGGGACGGGCCCUUAAGUAAACUUGCAUAGCUAAUUUCCCUCCUUGCCUCAAUGUUGAUAUAUAUUUCAGUGGCCUAUUAUUAUGUAAUUGGUAUAGGUAAUAGCAUGGUUUCGAGUGCAAUUUGGAUAUAACAUGCACGAGUGAGUUUUUCAAAGACCUCAAAAUAGCACGAGUCCGAAGGACGAGUGCUAUUUGAGGUCUUUGAAAAACUCACGAGUGCAUGUUUAUCCAAAUUUCACGAGAAACCAUGCUAUUACUUAUUAAUAAUUUACAUAAAACUGUUCGAGACAAUUGUAGUUUUAACUUACGCGUUUAUAGCGAACAUCCACUGGCAAAGUUUUCCUGGCUUUGUUUUAUCACAUUAUACAACGCUAACAGCUUGAAAAUUCCACUUGUUUAAGGUAAAUGCUUUUCCAUUUAAAAAUAAAGAUAAAAGCCAUAUUUUGCACGCGAAGGCAACUUUUACUCAACCUCGCAAGCAAGGGCCUCCACACCCACGGCGGGACGGAGACCCUUGUAAAGGCUGGUCACGUGACCUCCCAGAUUCUGUGAGGUCACGUGACCAGCCUUUACAAGGGUCUCCGUCCCGCCGCGGGUGUGGAGGCCCUUGCUUGCGAGGUUGACUUUUACUUUGUGUAGCGCGGCGCCAUGUUUGUUUUGUUUUGAAGCAAUCUGUGACCGUUACUUCUUUAAACUAAAUUGCUUUAAAACUGAUUGGUUGAUUUAAUCAUCACAAUGUUUUUUCACCAAUCAGAUCAGUUUGUUACAGAUUUUUGCACUGUGAUUACAGAAAAUUGCACUGUGAUUACAAAAAAUUGCACUGUGAUUACAGAAAAUUGCACUGUGAUUACAGAAAAUUGCACUGUGAUUACAGAAAAUUGCACUGCUGUUUGGGAUUAACUGCACCGAAAUCAACCAAUCACAGUCGAGUAAUAUCUUUAUGUAUAUUAUUAGCUUUAUAAUGGGCAAGUAUUUAUUAGCAUUUCGUUCAAUAAUUUUACAAAAAAACUUAUUCUUUCUAGUUUAGUAAUUAUCUUUCAACAUGUCAUGGACGAAUCUUUGAUGUAACUUCGGUCCAUCCAAAUUAUAUAUAUAUAUAUAUAUAUAUAUAUAUAUAUAUAUAUAUAUAUAUAUAUAUAUAUAUAUAUAUAUAUAUAUAUAUAUAUAUAAUUAUUAUUAUUAUAAUAUAUUAUAAUUAUUAUAUAUUAUUAUUAUUUUUUUUAGGUAAUGCCAAACUUGGUGUGAUUUCUCCGCAUUACAUCAAAUUCCGCAUUACAUUAAUUCUAAGUCAGUAGUGAGAUUUACAAUUGUAUAUAUACGUAAAAAAUUCAAUAAAGUUAUUAUUAUUAUUAUUAUUAUUAUUAUUAUAAUUAUAAUAAUUAUAAUAAUUAUCCCCGAGCCGACGGCGCGAAGCGCCGUGCGAGGGUACUAAUUCCCCCCGGCUAUUUACACCUGGGGAAACGAAAGCAUUAGCGGAGUCUAAAGUUCAUCAAAUAUCGCGGGCGUGGGUCACCAACGGUGUUGGGUGGGUGGUCAUCCUCACUGACCUCAAAAAUAUGGCGGACUGUCAUGAAUAGCGGACACUGAUUGGUCCAAUUUAAAGUUUGCAUUAUAACGACUGCAUGACGACAGCGAAAUAGCAAACAUUUCUUGAUUUGAUGAUUCAUGAUUGAUAAAUUUCUUGCGAAUAUAUUUCAUUUUUACUCGCAUUUUUGCAAUAUUUUGUAAAUUUCAAAAGCUCUCUCAGGAAGAAACUUCGAAAGAAUCGGCUAAAAGAAGGGAGCCGACGUUAACGAAGGUAAGUUUGUUUUAAAUAUUGAUUUUAUAAUGGCUUUAAAACCCGACGGCGUUUGCGUAUAUGAAACAACUAAACAAGACAGAAUAUAAUUUCGCUCAGUGUAUCUUUAAUAUUGAUUCACUUUUUUAUUAUAUUGAAUUUUUUAAAUAAAAAAGAAAGCAAAGUUAUUUGCAAGCGAGAAUUUGAAAUCAUUUUAUUGCAAACUCAAAGUUUAUCGAUAAAGCCAUUUAAUUAAAGGCAGUUUAGUUAAGCAGCACUUUAAAACGUUUUGCAAAGCGUUUGUGGUUGAAUUUUACCUUAUAUUGAGGCUUAUAUUACGUAUAAUAACAUACCUAACAUAUAUAUGUUGGGAAAUUAAUAAUUUUGUAAUUAAAAGUGAUAUUUUUAGGCGAUUUUUCAUUUGUAAGAAUAUUCUUAAAGAAUUAUCGUGUUACCAUGACAACUAUUUUAGAACUUCAUGUUCGGAAAAUACAAUGGUUUUGUCAGCAAGGCGAGGGUUUCUGCAUGCAUGUAUUUUCUAGUCUAGGAUAUACUAUGUACAUUUUGGAGGUCAAAAGUUUUUGUUUUUUUAUUUAAAUUUAAAUGAUUUUUACAAAUAGAUUAUUAAAUAUGAUAGAUAAACCUUCUGUUUUGUGGUAACGAUACAUGAAUAGAAGAGUUAUUGAUUUUGGGAAGAGUUAGUAUUUUCAAAUCUUGAAAAAUUGGAUCAGUGUGAUCAAAAUUUGAUUUAAAUGACAUUAAACGCACAAUUUUUUUUGUAUUCUUAGUAACUUUUGAAUUUGCUCUGUGUAAGUAUAUUUCCCCAGACUAAAUUGGCAUAAAUUAAAUAUGGAUAGACUAAAGCAUAAUACACUAGUUUUAAAGUAUUCAAAUUUGCAUAAUGUCGAACUCAGGCUAUGAUUCCAGCAGUUUUCGUAAUCUUUUUCGAGACUGAAUCUAUGUGAUUUUUCCAUGUUAAGUGUUCAUCAAUGUUAACCCCAAGAUCGAAAUGAUAUACUUUUAACUUGAUCAAUAGGUUUGUUGUUUAUAGAUAUAGUUACACUAUGAUUAAGUCCCUUCUUAGGGGAUUUAAAUAAAAUAAAUUUAGUUUUCUUAAUAUUUAUUGAUAAUCUAUUUACAAUUAGCCAGUGAGCUAUUUUGUUUAUUUCUAUUUGCAUUAUGUCAUUCUAUUCUCUAAGUAAUUUUCAAUAGAUACCAAUUGUGUACUUGCCUUGGUCAAUAGCUUUUGUAAUCUUAUCGAUAACUUCAAUAAUGGCAAAUUCUGUGGAUCUAUUUUUUCUAAAUCCGUAUUGUUGAUUAGAUAAAAAUUUUUUCUUAUUUUUUCUAAAUCCGUAUUGUUGAUUAGAUAAAAUUUUGUUAAAAUUUUGUUAUAUUUACAGUGUUAUUUAUAAUCUAUUUAUUGUUCAACAGCAAUUUGUUCCGGUGUCUACAUUUCGACAAUAGUUUAUUUCCAGAGUUCAAGGAGCUGAGUUUAGGAUAAUAAAUAAUUAGAAAUUUUUCGUGCAGGAAUAAGUUGCAUCGUUUGGUUUUGUUUGAGUAGCUUUUACACUUUUUCAUAAUUCUCCAUUUAAUAGACCUUGAACUCUAGAAAUGAACUAUUGUCGAAAUGUAGAGACCGGAACAAAUUCCUGUUGAGCAAUAAAUAGAUUAUAAAUAACACUGUAAUAUAACACUUUUGACCUCAAACAUGUACAUAGUAUAUCCUAGGCAUAGAUAUCUUAUAUACACUAGAUAAUGCAUCUAAUUGUUCUGCAAUUCAAAAAUUGAAGCCGUGAUUGCAGACUCAGCAUAUAUUCCCAUGAAAUGAGAAGACUCGUAUGUUUUUUAUUUCUUAAACAGGGAACUUCAACAUUAAGUUAAGCCUAUUCCAAAUACAUUUUCAAACAGUUCAAAUGAUGAAAGUUAUUGUUGUUUUUUAAGCGUUUAUUAUAUAGCGAGUGGGAAGCUCGAACAUGGCCGCCAUCUAUUCUAAUGGGGGUAACCGCUGGAAUAUCCUUGGCUUCAAUUUUACUUAAUGAGAUGCGCUAUCUAGUGUAUAUAAGAUAUCUAUGAUCCUAGGCAUACAACAUAGCGCGCACGCCGGGUCAGCAAGCAAUGAUUUUCGGCAGUUUGCAUGUCAUUAAAAAUUGCGCGAAUUUUCCUUGUUUUACCAAAGAGAAUGGUAACGAAUAAAUUAGUCAUCUUUUUUCUUUCGCUGAGGCUCAUGGUAUUGUCUGGGUCGAAAGUGAACAGCAAAUAUAGAAAGGAGAUGCUUCAAGGAUCAUUUUAAUACCAAAUAGUGGCCGUAAACCCACGAGGAAAUAAUAGAAUAUUUCGCCUUUUUGAGGACUAAAAUGGACGAUACUGCACAGUUUGUGAAAUUUAACUAGUUUUCUCUCGGAUAAAAUUUGGCAUCGUUUGUCAAUCCUUGAAGAAUUGUAUUUGUAAAGCAACUUAAGACCUCUGGUGAGCAUCGUAUAAUUUUUGUUUGUAAAAUUUUGUCUCCGUUUGAGAGUAACAGGACCUAUUACUUAGUUGUUUUCCUUGUGUUAUUCAUAAAGGAUUCGCAGAUGCACAGAAGUCGCAUUUAAAAGAUUUCCAAAGAAAAUGCCUAAUACCAAAGAUAAACGUUUUAACAUUGCAAUGUAUAUGAAAGAAAGGAAAGAAGCAAGGUUUAAAGCUGUUCUAAAUCAUCGAUCGCUAGCGUUGGAGCACAAGAAAAGCGAGAGAAUUCCAGCCAAGGUAUAGAAACCUAAGCAAUGUAUUUGUUAUUCAGAUAUUAACAUUCUAUUUACUAUCAGUAUCAUUUAACUUUGUUAUUAAUAUAAACAUUUACCUUUAUGCAGAUUGUAAAAGCAAAGGAAAAAACAGCUGCUUUGACAUCUGAUUUGGAAAACAAUAUGGUGAGUUUCUGUGACAAAUCAAAUCAUGUGGUAUAGUAGGAUUAAACCCAUUAAGCCGUAAUAUGUCUAUAUUUUGUUAUUUUACUCUGUCUAAUGCCAGAUGAUUUUACUCAUCAAGGUGAAAAUAUUGGACAUUAACCCAUUAUGCGCCAGCGCUCUCCCCUUGACGAGGAAAAUCGUCUGGCGUUAAACAGAGUAAAAUACUAAACUAAGGUGCAUCAGGGUGCAAUGCGACUCAAUGGGUUAACUGGUAAAUUACAGCAGCAUAUUUUGGUUCAUCUAUGCAUUUUACAAUUUACAUUAUAAUAUAGCAUUUGUAAAUUCUGAACGCUUAUUGGCUAAGAGCCGUGUUGAUAUAACUCAAUGUCAACACGGGAAAUUUUCCGCCGCUUGUAAACACGGAAAUUUUUCUUAUCCUUCAGGCUUUUGACAUUGCUAUAUUAUAAAAAAAUAUAAAACAUUUUUUCCGUGUUGAUAUAUAGUUAUAUCAACACUCGUGGAAGUUGGGAAAACUCGAAAUUGUAUGAAAACACUCCGCCCUUCAGGCAUCGUGUUUCCAUACAAUUUCUCGUUUUCCCCAUUCCACUCGUGUUGAUAUAAAUGUAUAUCAACACGGAAAAUGUUUUAUAUUUGUUAAAUAACAGUCAACUAUUUACAUGCACAGGUAAUAUAUACUGUAAAUUUAAGUAAUAAUAUAAAAGAUUCUGGACUUUCAUGCAAGAAAUACCUCGUCAGAUAAACAAUUAUGAUUUUCGAACACUUUUUUCAGGUUUUUUACAAUUUUAUUAUUUAACGACAAUAGGCCUACCAGUACUGCUAAUAUAUUGCCUACCUGUUCAGUUCAACUAUUUUGGCCUUGUUAUUUUGGCUCGGCAACAAUUGCAUCAUUUACCUCUAAUAUAAUUUGUUCGUGAUGGUAAGUGGGAUUUGAGAUGGGCCGUGACCAUUUGAUGAUCCUAAUUAAUUUGGAUUGUUGGCCCUGUAAUUCUGAGACAAGGACAAGAAAAGCUACGACAUUGGAGAAUGGGAUCAAAUAUGCCAGUUCGCCGAACAGCAACAAAAAUAGGUACGCAGUGCGUACAUGUUGCAUGCCAUCUGAAACUUAUGAAGCGCUAUAGCACUUAUAAAUCUUUGGUACAACUGGCAUGAAACUUAGAAUAUUGAUUCAAUUAAGUUUAAAAUAUCAAUAUAUUUAUUGAAAAAUAACUGUUAUGUCAAAAUAAGAAAACUUAAAGGGGCCCUACAGUCAUUUUUUAGUCGAAAAGCCACCUUAAGUAGGGGACUCCACGGAGAUUCGUUUGGCUGUAUCUUACAUGCAGUAUUCACGAGUAUGAGUACUUCCGCACACCGGAAGACGCGUGCAUGCUGCGGUGCGCAUGUCAAGUAGCGACAAUAACAAAAAAUGUAAACAAAAAUUUCUUGACUAAAGAAUGACUCUCUCUCUCUCUUUAAGAUUCUCACGCAAAUUAGCCUACGGUGCAGACCCCAGCAGAAACACGCAUAUAGGCAAUAUUCUUAAAUUAUAAGCGACCUUAAUAGUUAGUUGCAAAAGACAGUAAUACUAACAAUAACAAGGACAAGGUGGGUCAAUUAGGUUUUAUCAAAUUUAUAACUAAAUAACGUUAUUUCCUUUAGAUUUAGAUUUAUUGCAACUUUUUAAAGGUAUAAAAAAACGUGAAAACGGUGAAUUACUAUAAUAGAUUGAAAAUUAUUAUUUAUCAUUUUGACGUUUGAGUGAUUGAAAUGAGUUAAUUUACACUACAUCGAAUGUCAUGUUGAAUGUCAUGUUGAAUCUUAUGCGUACUUCACAAUGGUUCAAAUUUUGUUUGAUAUUACAAAAUGUGCUAUAGUUUUGAAGCUUAAUUUGCACACAAAUGACACAAUAAAUCAGUGCGAGCACAAUGGCUCCGUUUCAGUCUGAGUAUAUAAAAAUCGAGUAUUUUGAUAGCGUUCGCGGCCCUCGUUCGCGGCUUUGAGGUUUUCACGAUAUAUAAAUACAAACGCCUGAUAAUUGAUAAAUAUUAAACCACUAAUCAGUGCGAGCAACAACGGCUCCAAAAUCACAACAACUAACAGAAUAUAAGGUAAGCUAAAAACAGUAAAGCUUUACCUACCUUGAUUUAUUUUUCUGAAGCGCUCAAUUAUGUAAAUUUUCGGCAAAUAAAUAUAAUCCGAAAUUCCUCGACGAAAACCCGGCAUGAAAAUGCUCGUCGGAAAAACUCGGUAUUUGUCGUAUUUUACAAACCUGCCACGUGACUGGUACGCUCACCGCUCACGACGACACGAAAUUUAGAGCUAUAUGAAAGUUGCAUGCCAUAUAUGGCAUGCAACAAAAAGGAGGCAGGAAACCAUGACAGCGGUAUCAGCAAUCCAUGGUGCAUCCAAGAAGAAUUUAAAGCCUGCUUAUGAUGGAAUGUUCGACACCCUCCAGAAACGAUGCAAGAUGAAAGAUUUAACAAAUUAUGUAUUAGGUAAUGAGAAUUUAACUAAAACUGUAGUUUCUGAACAUUACAAAAAAGAGUUGAAAGAUUUUGAAAAAUCAAAAGAAAAUGCGGAAAAGAGUAUUGCUACAUUUUACUCCAGUGGUGUCAUGGGCAAGAGAAAAUAUCAAAGUGUUAGGCUUGUGGUUUCAAUGACAUCAAGAAAACAAGGUGGGAGAACGGGCAUAUCAAUUCUUCCAGGCUGCAAGGUACCCAAAAUAUUAACAUAUAAUAACCUUGCAAGAGAGUUGAACAAAAUUGAUAUUGGAAGUGUUUUGGAAAUCAAUAACGAGUACCUCAGUGAUUUAGAAAUAGAUGCACCCAUCAAUGGCGCAUACAGAGAUCUAAGAGAGUACUUGCCACGUUUAGCUAAGUUCUAUUUGAAUACCGAUAGAAAACAUGCUUUAGAAUGGUACGGUAAAACUGAGGGUAUAUUUUUAAUAGCACUAGGAGGGCAUGGUUGCCCAUUUGGGGAACAUGAAAGUGCCUGUUCAUUUUUAGUUAGUUUCCUUAAUGUUGGUCGAAAGGUAGCAUCAAGUCAUGAUAACUUUUGCAUUUUAGGGGCUAAUUGUGACGAGACCUCUCAAGUUGUAAAAAUAUAUGUGAGGUCUCUAGUUCAUCAGAUUGCUGAGUUGGACAAAAAGAUUUUCCAAAUUGAUGACUGGGUCACAAUUACCUUUAAAGUGCAAGAACUUCCUAAUGACAUGAAGAUGCUCGCCAUGCUUGCAGGGGAACUUGUCAUUAGUUCUAAGUACUUCUCCCCCUUUGCUAAUGUUUGCAAAGAUGAUGCAACUGACUUGCAGGCAUCUUUUGGUCCAGAACCAGGGAACAAAUGGCAGCCAUGGGAAUAUAAACAAAGGGUCAAUGUUGUUGGAAAGGUGGAAUCUUUUAAGAAAAAAAUUGCGAAAAAACCAUUAUCUUGCAAAGUUAAACGGACUAAAGUCACAGAAUUUAUUGCCUCGCAAAAGAGCAGGCAAGAAUUCCUGCCCCUUUUGGACAAAUACAUUGACCAGGCACAUGUGGAGCCUUUGCACCUAAAAAAUAAUGCCUGGCAAUAUUUUUUUAAGGGUGUUUUGAAAGAGGCCAUUCGAAAAUAAAAACUUCCAGUAAGUUGUAAGACCUUUUCUGAAGUACCCAAAGAGAGUGUUUUUGGCAGGCUUAUUAGUUCACUGAAAAUGCAGGUAAAAGCAGGAUGCCUUUGCAAGAAGGUUAAGCGGUGGUUUGAUGGCACCCAAGAAUCUGGUCCUGAUUUGCAAUAUAGGUUCACAGGCAAGGAGUCUCGUAGGUUUUGUCACAAUUAUAUGAGCUUAGUCAAUGCACUAAGUGAUGAUAAUGACACAAAAGCAGACAGACAGGCUAUCCUUGUCUUUGCCUACUUAGGGCAGAGACUACGGGACAGUGUGUCUUUCAUAAACAGAUUUGACAUUAAAGAAGAGGAACUCGCCCAGUUUACUCUUGCAGCACAAGAGUAUUUGAGGGUGAAUGCAAUGUUUUUGUCAACAUUUGUAAAUCCUACUGUUUGGGCAUUGGGACAUAUUGUCCUUGUUCAUGCCCAACAAGUGUUUUCACAGUACAAUAAAGGCUUGGCUAUAGUCACCAUGGAAGGGCGGGAAGCCAAACAUAUUUUUCUUAAAAAAUUAAGUCAAAAUACAACUUAUCAAAGGCGGUGGCUUGAAAUAUUUAAGCAUGAAUAUAUUAUGUUAGUAUGGUUACCAGAACAUG